AUGACUCGUCGACACGGUUCUCCUCUAGAUCGUCCCUGGGCGUCCAAUAUCUAUGCUCAGCUUCCCGAGGAUGCUGCAAUCCCUCAAGCUAGAGCUUCCUCAGCUCCCUCGGCUCCCGUCCCGACCGAUACGCCUGUCCGACCUGAGGACUAUUCGAAGCCUUACUGCGAGUUCAUGACCUCGAACCCGACCAUCUUUCACGCUGUCAAGUCCUUCUCCAACCAGCUCGAGCAACACGGCUACAAAUACCUUUCCGAGCGUGCGGUGUGGAAUUCGGACCUCAAGCAGGGCGGCAAGUUCUACACCAGCCGCAAUGGCAGCUCCCUGAUUGCCUUCAACAUUGGCACAGAGUAUGAGAGUGGAAAUGGAGUGGCUAUCGUGGCAGGCCAUGUGGACGCCCUGACGGCGAAGCUGAAGCCCGUAUCCAAGCUCCCUACAAAGGCGGGCUUCCAGCAACUUGCCGUUGCUCCCUAUGCUGGUGCCCUCAGCAAUACAUGGUGGGACCGUGAUCUUGGUAUCGGCGGCCGUGUGAUCGUCCGCGAUCCCGAGACCGGUAAGGUUGAAAGCAAGCUGGUUAAGCUCGACUGGCCCAUCGCCCGCAUCCCCACUCUUGCUCCUCACUUCGGAGCACCCGCGAACGGUCCCUUCAACCAGGAGACUCAGAUGGUUCCGAUCGUUGGCAUCGACAACUCAGAUCUGUUCGAGAAGUCGGCUACACCUGAGACUAGUGAUAUCCCAGCUGGAAGCUUCGCGGCCACCCAGCCCGAGAAGUUGGUCAAGAUCAUCUCCAAGGAGAUCGGCGUGACCGACUACAGCUCUAUCAUUGAAUGGGAAUUGGAGCUCUUUGACACUCAGCCUGCCCAGCUUGGUGGAUUGGAGAAGGACCUGAUCUUCGCUGGUCGCAUCGACGAUAAGCUCUGCUGCUACGCCGCCCAAGAAGCUCUCAUCGCUUCCAGUGACAGCACUUCGCCCGGUACAGUGAAGAUGGUUGGCAUGUUUGAUGACGAGGAGAUUGGUAGCUUGCUACGCCAAGGAGCUAAGUCAAAUUUCAUGAGCAGCGUCAUUGAGAGAAUCGCAGAGGCCUUUGCCAAGGACAAAUACGGCCCCAACCUACUUUCACAAACCGUCGCCAACAGCUUCCUGGUUUCGUCGGAUGUCAUCCAUGCCGUCAACCCCAACUUCCUGAACGUAUAUAUGGAGAACCACUCUCCCCGUCUUAAUGUCGGCGUGACCAUCUCUGCCGAUUCCAACGGCCACAUGACCACAGACAGUGUUAGCUCUGGCAUUCUGAAGAGUAUCGCAUCUCGCUGCGGCUCGACCCUGCAGGUCUUCCAAAUCCGGAACGAUUCGCGCAGUGGUGGCACCAUUGGCCCCAUGACCAGUGCCCAGAUUGGGCUGCGCGCUAUUGACUGCGGUAUCCCGCAGCUCAGCAUGCAUAGUAUUCGUGCGACGACCGGCAGCCUGGACCCUGGUCUCGGUGUUAAGUUGUUUAAGGGUUUCUUCGACUACUUUGAGGAAGUUGAUAAGGAUUUCGCCGAUUUUUAG